AACUUCCGACUAGCAUAUACCGACAAUAGCCCGUUUGCAUGAAGGAUUGUGUUAUUACGGAACUCGGUGAGCAAUGGGUUGCUCCGUAUUUAAUUGUAUAUUUUAUAUGAUUUGGAUAUUUCUAUUAAAAGGGUUUAACACAACGCAAUUAACGUUAACGUUGACCACGGAUGUAAAUGAUAUCUUCGUCAACAGCAGCAUCACGUUAAGAUGUUCAACGCCAUCUACGCCGAAAACUGUUACCUGGUUAAAAAGAGAAAAAGGAUCAGAAAGUAUAGAAACGGUCAUUUUUCAAAAGUGGGUGAAAGAAACUAACUCGUGUAUAACAAACAACAAUGCUAUGGAGUGUUCCUGCUCUUCAUCACAGGCCUAUUCAUGUUCUAUAAAGUCGGCGAAUGUAUCAAAUGACGGUCAACGCUGGCUGUGCAAAGCUGUAAUUUCGAAUGUGAAUCUUGAAAGUAACAUCUACACAAUCAGAUUAGUAUUGCCUCUGACUUCCUUGACCAUUCUACCACGGACGUCGGUUGCGUACCCUGCUUUCAAUGUCGUAUCGAACUUUACAUGCAUCACUUCAUUGAGCCGGCCUGCAGCUAGUAUUCAGUGGUUCAUUGACAACAGAAACAUAACACACCUAGCUAUACAUUCGAACAAUGAUGAUGUAGCAAGGAGUGAUUUGCAAUAUAAACCAAACGCAAACGGGUACAGUAGUGGAAAUAUAUCCUGCGUUGCAAAAUAUGAGUUCGAACACAUAAGUAAAGUUCUAACAGCUAACAUGAGCAUUCAAGUACAGUACCCAGUUUCGAACCCAAUAGUGACUGUCAACAAUCGAAGUAUAUCAACUGGUUUCGCAAUACGAGAGGAUAGACUCGUUCAUUUGAAUUGUUUCUCCACCGGAUAUCCACAACCUUUAUAUAACUGGACUUACCCGGGCGGACGGUCGACCGGUGCUCUUCUGAAGUGUGCAUUCACUCGCAAUAACGGAAACGUGUCAUGCAAAGCAUAUAAUGUUAUGCGCACAUUGGAUGGUACAAAUAGCGCAGAGGCUAAAGAGAAGAAUAUCGCAUUACAAAUUAACGUAUUGUAUCCACCAGUCAUUACGAAGUUAUCAAGCAAUGACAAGAACGUAGACAUAAAUAAUAGCACGAUAAGAGUACAGAGAGGUGACAACAUCAGCAUAGUCUGUACUAGUGACGCCAAUCCCCCGGCUACGGUAUUCUGGAAUGGACAACUGAGUGUUGUAUCUACAUUGAGCGUCACAAGUGUACAGCAUGACGCUGUAUGGACUUGCCAAGCUACAAACUCUAUGACUGAAUUUGAUGGAGAAACAUCAACGUCUUCUGCAACAAGAAACAUUUCCGCGAUAGUAUUAUACUCGCCUGAGGUACAACGUCUACAGAACCAAACCGUGCUACUCAACACUUCUCUCACAGUUUUGUGCAAUUUGACCAAUGUUGGCAAUCCACCAGCCUCCAACUUUUCAUGGAUAAGGAAGGACACUGGCAAAGUGAUGAGUACUGGGCAAAAACUUACAAUAAAAAACAUUAGAUUGACAGAUGAAGGGGAAUACCAGUGUAAUGCUUCGAACAUUAUGCAACCAAUAACUAAUGAAGUGCUAUACGGAUUAAGUCAGUCGACAGUCUAUAUAAAUGUUGAAUACGAAGCAUAUGUACGGGUAUUCAAAGCAAAUCAAUCAAACAAUAGCAUCGUUGUUAACCAGGGUGAGACAGUAGAUCUGGUAUGUGAUGCAGAUGGUGACCCCGAGCCUGUGGUUCGUUUAAUGAAUACUACCCGUGGGAAUGAAAGAAUCUUAGUUGAAAUAAAAGGAAACGAAGCUAAAUAUCACAUUCAACAAGCAAACUGUGAAUAUGAUAUUGGAAACUAUACAUGUUCGGCAAAAAAUCAUUAUAACGAAGGGAGACAGUGGCUGGCACUUUUUGUUUACUGCUCGCCUAGAACAUCGCCAUUUUCUCCCCCGGUUACAACAUUGUACAGAGCGCCUAACGACACUGUGUUGUUCACAUUCACAAUAAUUGCCUAUCCUAAGCCGACUUCACAAGAUAUCGUUUGGUACAAGCGGAAUGCUGAUAGUUGGAGGUUGUUAUCCGAUGACGCCAACUCUGUGGUCGCAAUCUCUGAUGAUAGCAUGCAGACACAGCUGAAAAUAUUCCAUGUGCAACUUAAAGAUUAUACCGACUACAUGGUGAACGUUUCUAACAAAUGGGGUUCAACAGUGAGAGUGUUCACUUUAAAAGCGCUAUCAAAACCGGAAGUUCCGAAAGAAAUACAAGUAAGCAGAACAGGACAAACGGAACUGAUUAUCGAAUGGAUCCCUGGUUUCAAUGGCGGAGAAAGUCAAACAUUUACUAUAAGGUACAAAGCAUUAAGCGAUGGAAGCUGGAUGUUUUUUCCCUUAAACAUUUCUCACUAUAUUUGGACAAUUGAUGGGUUAAAGUCUGGAACGACAUACCAAAUUCAGAUGAUGGCGCUGAACACAAUAGGACAGUCGGAUUGGACACAAGAAAUAAACAUAACUACACUGUUUGGUGCAGUUAUAGUUGGUAAGGGACCGACUUCAUCUGCUAUUUGGGGCUCGAUAGGUGGUGCUGCAGGAGUGGUCAUAAUCGUCGCCGUUCUAGUUGUUAUAUGGAAACACAGGACACGAGGACUAAUCACAACAAAACAUUGCCGAACGAAAAGGACCUCGUUGACCAAGUAUGAGGAUCUUAUCCGAGGGCAGGGCAACAACGACGCCUCAACAACAGAUGGAAGUUAUGCAACCUGUAUAAUCGACCCAUCACAAUCCCGCAAUGCCAAUCAGAACAAAACACUUGUGGAGCUUGAAAGUCGUGAUAACUCGAUUUUGUCGACGUGUAAUGCUCAAAGAGACAAUACUACAUCUGCAAAGAUAUCUGCAUCGGGGCAAACUGAUGUUUCAACGACCGAUCCGGAAUACGUAAAUUUACAGUUGUUCACUAAUUGACUGUCGCGUUUGGUAAUUGUUUACAUAUAUAUUUAUGUAUUUACAUUUCAGUUUUAUGAUGAAAAAUCGAAUUGACAUACUGCCUAUAUAUGUAAUAUUCUGUUCUAUUAUGUCCUCAGUAUUUUUCUAAAUUAUAUAUGCAAAUGACCACGUUGAUUUCUGCUCUUAUAAUGUUUUUUUAUAUAUAUAACACACUUAUUGUUUUUAUUUUUUUAUAUUUUAAAACAAAUCACGGUCAAAUAAAAGAAUGAUUAUGUCAGACGGAACUAUACGCACACUUUUUUCAAUCAGUUUCAUAUGAAGCUAUACAUAUAUACAUUUAUUUGUAUUUACUACUUAUAGUGAACGUUGUAUUUUGCCAGAACCUCUGGAUAAUAUAAUUCAUGUUUGUUGUAGUGCUUAAUAUAAUGUGGCGGUUUUGUUGUUUACAUUUACACAAUCGUCUUAAUCAUCAAACUCGCGCUCAACUGCGUAAGUGUAACAUUCAAUUACUUAAAGAGACAUACCAUCAUUUGAACACCACAACGGCAUUCAAGAUUAUUCAAACGCAAUCUCUACUAUCUUUAUCUUAGUAAUAUGUGAUAUUUUGCAUAUGAAAAAAACGAGUUAAUUCCUUUUAAAGAUAUGUUCUUAUAUCUUGUCAUAAGCGCCUAGUUUAUUUUACAAAGUAUCAAAUCCAUAAGAAAAGAACGUAAAAACACAAUAAACUUAAAUGUACUGGUUAAUAAAAACAUGUUAACUGAACAUUGAAUGUCAUAGUUGCGAAACAUCGUAAGCAAAGAAUUAGGAAACAUGGGUCGGUUUGUAUUCUUUUUAAAUGUUUGGGUAACAGGUUAAAGUGCACAUAGACAAGAAAGGGCCAGCCUCUUUAACAAAUAAAUCUACAGUCACAAAAAACAAAAAGCAAACCGUUGCUUUUACAAACGCAAAUACAUUUUCUUUAACAAUUGGAGCUCUACAAAUAUGUUAAGCGCAAAGUUCCUAGGUAGAUGCAAUAGCUUCAGUAAAUAAUACUCAAUACAUGUUUGAACAAUAUAUACAUGCAAAUAUAUGGUCGCAUACAUAAGCGACCAUAUAAUAAAUAAGCAUACAUUGUGUAAUAUCCAACACAAAACCGUUGUUAAAAAAAGAGCUGACACUCAAUUGGAAAAUUGGGAUGUCCUUGUGUUUAUUCCCCAUUUACGAGUUCUAGAUAAGGUUAUGAAUUAUUUACGGUCUGAAAUCAUAGCUAAACGUUACGGUCAUCGAACUGACAUCUCGCAAACUGUCAAUCAGAUUCUUAUCUAAUUAUCGAUCGACCAAUCUGCGAUCAAUAAAUCGUGCACGCCGGUUGCUAACGACAUGUCCGCCAUUUUCUAGACAAGCCGAAUGCCUAGUUCUUGUUUAUUUAACGGGUUUCUUUUAUUUUGUUCACAAAAUAGGACAUGAAAUUUAAAAAAAAUGUGUAAAUAAGAUUUACGUCCAUGUAGAUAGAUAUAAAGAAAGUGAUUAGUAUUUUAUGAAGAAAAAAAAUCCAUUUCGAAUCAUACAAGAAGAAGUUUUGUAACAUGAACUACAAGUCUGUUAACCAAUUGUAAAUAUCUCUACUGUUGCAUUGAUGAGGAAUCCAAUAUAAUUAUAAUGUUCUUCAUGUUGGCAUAUGAGGUCUCAUGUUUAGGUCUUCAUGUGUGUACAUAAUAUAUAAUUUGGAUGUAAUCUAUAUGCCACCAUAUAUUUCAAUGUUUCUAUGCUACAGUCAAAAUAAAACUAACACUACUUUA